AACUUUACUUCUACCAUCUCCGCCGUCCGCCAUUUUGUGAUCACGUUGCGUGGAUCCUGGCCGUAAGCUGUUUUAAUUAAUUAAUAAAUAUUUCACUAUGGUGAAGCCAAAAAGUGAAAAAAAGGGUAAAUCUGCCCUGAGUGAAGUUGUCACUCGAGAAUAUACGAUUCAUCUCCACAAGCGGCUUCAUGGUGUUGGUUUUAAAAAGCGGGCCCCAAGAGCCAUCAAAGAAAUCCGCAAAUUUGCCGAAAAGCAGAUGGGAACUCCUGAUGUUCGAGUGGAUACCCGACUCAACAAAUUCAUAUGGUCCAAAGGUGUGAGGAAUGUUCCAUACAGAGUGAGAGUUCAGUUAUCCAGAAGAAGAAAUGAAGACGAGGAUUCAGUACACAAAUUGUACACCUUGGUUACACACGUGCCUGUUACAACUUUCAAGGGAUUGCAAACAGAGAAUGUCGAUGUAAGCGAAAGUUGAACUUUUUCUACAUUGUUAAAAUGAGAUUACCUGGACUAAAAAUCGGACGAUGGAUAUGUAAAUUAUGUGAAAUGUAAUAAAAAGAUUUCCCAGGUAAAA